GAGACUCUGCUACUAUGGCAGCUAAUAUUCCCGCAACAAGCUCUUCUAUGACGACGUCGUUUCACCAGAAACGACAUCGUUCCAUAUUCGAAGUUCCACCAAACUUCUUCGAUUCAUGUCGUCUUCUCCCUUCUCUUCACUCACCCGUUUCUGAGAACCACAACGAAGGCCUCAAAACUAUUGAACCACCCUCAAACGACGUUGUUGUUGACGAUGCCCCUCCAAACGCCGUCGUUUCGGCAACUAGGUUGACAUGCAAUACCUGCAAGGCUCAAUUCGAUUCCCUUCAAGACCAGCGUUCCCAUUUCAAAUCCGACAUCCAUCGAUUCAAUGUGAAGCUGACAAUUGCUGGAAAGAAUAUUGUGAAGGAAGAAGAUUUUGAGGUGCUUACAUCUGAAUCUGUCAAAGACUAUGAUGUGUCAAGUAUUUCAGGAUCAGAAAGUGAUGAUGACAGUGACAUUGAGUCUCAAAGUCAAAAGGAAGUGCGUGACAAAUCAAGUGAAAGUUUGAAACAAAAGCUACUUAUAUGUCUUCAGACAGGGCAGAGAGUUUCUGUCUGGAAGUGCUUGAUUAUGAAUAUGACUGAAAAUGUAUCGUAUGAGGAUGAAAAAUUGAAGAACGAAGUGAUUGAGAGGUUGAAAUCUCUGACUAUUGAGCCUAGGGAUAAAACACACUUGAGGGUCGUUCUUCUUGCAUCCGGUGGGCAUUUUGUGGGUUGUGUCUUUGAUGGUGAUGCGGUUGUGACCCACAAGACAUUUCACAGAUAUGUUGUAAGGGCCAAGGCAGGAAAAAAACAGUCAUCAAAAGAUGCUUCUGGCAGGGCUGCACAUUCUGCUGGGGCUUCACUUCGUCGUUAUAAUGAACUUGCAUUAAAGAAGGAAGUUCACGACCUGCUUAUUGCUUGGAGACCUUAUUUCGAUGCUUGCAAUUGCAUUUUUAUAAAUGCACCUUCAAGUAGUCGUCAACUGCUUUAUGAUGGAGAAAGACCAUAUUUUACCAAUCGGCAGUGUGCUAUUAGAAAUAUUGCUUUGACUGUACGGAGGCCUACUUUCAGGGAAGCAAAGCGUGUAUAUAGCCAGUUGACCCAAGUAUCCAAUGAAGCAGAUGAGAAGGAAAUUUUACAAAGCAACCAAGAGGACUUAGUAUCAAUUGACAUUGCUAAAAGAAAUGGUAGCCCACCCUCCAGCAAAGGUGACAUGGCUGAGUUGGAUGACAAAGAUCACACUGAAGCUUGUUCGAGUAAACAAAAUGAUAAACUCCCCAUUUCGAGUGAUGAAGAGAGUGAAAAUGAGCAACCUGGUAAAUCAACUCCUUUACAUCAAGCAGCACAAUCUGGUGACUCUCAAAAGAUUAUGGAACUCCUGGAACAGGGCUUGGAUCCUUGCAUCAAAGAUGAAAGGGGACGGACCCCAUAUAUGUUGGCAAAUGAAAAGGAAGUCAGGAAUACAUUCAGAAGGUUUAUGGCGUCAAACCCUGACAAAUGGGAUUGGAAUGCUGCAAAAGUGCCUAGUGCAUUGACUAAAGAUAUGGAAGAAUCACAAGCUGCUAAGCAGGCAGAAAAAGAUGCUAAGAGGAAAGCUAGAGCAAAAGAAUUAAAGAAAUUGCGUAAAGCAAAAGAAAAGAAGGCUCAGGCUGAAGCUGCCUUGCCUAAGAAUGAUUCCAAAACUGGAGAAAAGCAAGUGACUGCUCAAGCAUCUACUAAGGGACAAUCCCAACCAAAAAGUGGUGUGCAAUUAUCUAAAGAGGAGGAAAUAAGAGCAUCUCAGGCUGCAGAAAGAGAAAAGAGAGCAGCUGCUGCAGAGAGAAGAAUAGCUGCACUCAAAAUUCAAGUUAAUAGUGGAACUGCUGCACCUAGCAAUUCAGAGCCUAAAAGUGGAUUAGCCAGUGACAUUUACUGUUCCUGUUGUAAUUCAUCACUUGCUGGUAAAGUUCCCUUCCACCGGUAUAAUUACAAAUACUGCAGCACAUCAUGCAUGCAUGUACACAGGGAGAUCCUAGAGGAUGGAUGACAAUGUGUUAAGAUGUUUUACCUCCUUUUUUUUUUUUUGGUACAUACACUCCUACUUUUUUUUUUUUUUUUUGGGUACAUACCUCCUACUUUUUUUGGUGUGUAAGUUAAGAUUACUCCAAAUAUCCAUUGUUAUUGAUAUGGUUGUAAGGAAAGAAAAAAAAAAAAAAAAGCCCUGGUGGAAGGAGUGAAUGGAAAAUAACAUGAGUUUAGGAUGUUU